AUGGCGACGGACCCCAAGAUUGCCGCGCAAUACAAGUACUCGGCGAUGUCCAACCUGGUUCUCCAGGCGGACCGCCGAUUCAUCACCCGCCGCAACGACGAGCCGACCGGUGAUCCCGAGUCUCUCGCCGGGCGCAUCAGCGUCAGGGAUAUGGGAUCGAGAGUGUCUCGCGAUACUGCUCCCAAGAGCAAGAAAAUGCAGGUGGGACCAGCAGAUAUCGAGCGUGGCGCGAUCGGGGAAGGCGAAGAUGUGCUGGAACGAGAACAGCGCAAACGCAAGAGGGGCGAGCAAGGCCAGCUUCGCGGCACAGGGAUCCUGUCCGCCGCCGAUAUGCUCAUCGAGGGUCUGAAAUACCGCCCCAAAACUCCAGCUACGCGAGCGACGUACGAUCUUAUCCUGACGAUGACGGCCAACCAUCUUGGCGAUGUCUCCCACGAAGUCGUGCGAAGCGCCGCCGACGCCAUUCUCGAAACGUUAAAAGAUGAGAACAUGAAGGACUUCGAUAAGAAGAAGGAGAUCGACGAUUUGCUAGGGACCACGAUGAGCCCCAAGGAAUUCAACGAACUCGUCAAUCUGGGCAAGAAGAUUACAGACUACGAUGCUCAGGAUGAGGACGAGCAUAUGGAAGACGGCGCUGGUGCCGAAAAUGAGCAGGAACUCGACGAGAAACAAGGUGUUGCCGUCGUGUUUGACGAGUCAGACGAAGAGGAGGACGGGAUACGAAGAGUUGAUGAAGUGAGGGAUGAGGAUGAAAUGUCGGAUGAGGAGGAUGCGGCGUCAGACGCCGAGGACAGAGCUGAGGAAGCCGCCGCGGAUGCCGAGGAGAGCGCUGACAUGAAGGACGUCGAAGGUGAAGAGAUGAUCCUUGAUGCCGGCGCCGAAGCCGACAAAGAACGGGCCGCCGCAAAGAACAUUAUCCCAGCUCGCGAGAUUGAUGCGUACUGGCUGCAGCGUCAGGUUGGCUCGGCUUUCCCUGACGCGCACAUUCAAAACGAAAAAUCUCGCUCUGCUCUGGACAUUCUCGCGGGCAAGGCUGAGGAUGGUACCGACAGGCCUCUUCGUGACAUCGAGAACGACUUGAUGGAGCUGUUUGAUUACGAGCACCCUGACCUGGUGGCGAAGUUCGUUACCAACAGAGAGAAGAUCGUCUGGGUGACGCGCUGGAGGAGGGUCGCCGAAGAUGCGGACGCUCGCGCUCAGGUCGAGAAGGAAAUGAUAGAGGCCGGACACCGCGCAAUCCUCGACGAAAUUCGUGGCCGAGCUGCUCCCAGAGAAGAGGGAGAGCGGCCGGGCAAGAAGAUGAAGAUGGACCUGAUGGAUAUCGACAUUCCCUCCGGACCCAAGGAAGAGGAAAAGCCCAAGGAGGCAGGAGUCGCGGGAGGCCUGCAGCCGAAGAGGCUCAUCAAUCUGGAGAACCUCGUCUUCGAACAGGGCAAUCAUCUCAUGACAAACCCCAAUGUGAAGCUCCCUCAAGGCUCGACCAAGCGUACCUUCAAGGGCUAUGAAGAGAUCCAUGUGCCCGCUCCUAAGCCCAAGAGAGACCCCAGCGAGAAGAAUAUCCCGACUACUGAGCUCCCGGAAUGGGCGCGUGUUGGUUUUGGGUCCUCCAAGGAACUGAACCGCAUUCAGUCGAAAUGUUUCCCGGUCGCGUUCCAUGAAGAUGGGAACAUGCUCGUCUGCGCCCCCACCGGCUCCGGAAAGACUAAUGUGGCGAUGCUUGCCAUCUUGCGCGAGAUUGGCAAGAACCGAAACCCGGAAACUGGAGAAAUCAUGCUCGAUGAUUUCAAGAUCGUAUAUAUUGCUCCGCUGAAGGCUCUGGUCCAGGAGCAAGUCGGGAACUUUGGCAAGCGAUUGGAGCCCUACGGCAUCAGGGUCUCUGAGCUGACGGGUGAUCGCCAGCUCACGAAACAACAAAUUGCGGACACCCAGAUCAUCGUCACGACGCCUGAGAAGUGGGAUAUUAUCACUAGGAAGGCCACGGACACCAGCUACACGAGGCUUGUUCGUCUGAUUGUCAUUGACGAGAUCCAUCUUCUUCACGAUGACCGCGGUCCUGUGAUCGAGAGCAUUGUCAGUCGCACCAUUCGCCGAGUGGAACAGACCGGAGAGCCAGUGCGGAUUGUCGGACUGAGCGCCACUCUUCCAAACUACCGCGAUGUCGCCAGCUUCUUACGUGUAGAUCCUACCAGGGCACUGUUCCACUUCGACGGAUCCUACCGGCCAUGCCCGUUGAAGCAGGAGUUCAUUGGUGUCACUGAUAAGAAGGCGAUCAAGCAGCUCAAGACCAUGAACGACGUCUGCUACAACAAGGUUCUCGAGCAAGUUGGUCAACACAGAAACCAGAUGCUUAUUUUCGUCCACUCGAGGAAAGAGACGGCCAAGACUGCCCGGUAUAUCCGGGACAAGGCUGUCGAGAUGGAGACGAUCGGCCAGAUUCUACGGAGUGAUGCUGCCAGCAGAGCUAUCUUGGCCGAAGAGGCAGAGUCUGUGGACGACCCUAACUUGAAAGAUCUCCUUCCCUACGGGUUUGGUAUCCACCAUGCCGGCAUGAGUCUGGCGGACCGUGAUUCCGUGCAGGCGCUAUUCGCUGAUGGCAGCAUCCAGGUCCUCGUUUGUACUGCGACUCUGGCAUGGGGUGUUAACCUUCCUGCCCAUACCGUCAUUAUCAAGGGAACGCAGGUCUAUUCUCCCGAGAAAGGUAGCUGGGUCGAGUUGAGUCCUCAGGAUGUCCUUCAAAUGCUGGGCAGAGCCGGUCGACCUCAGUAUGAUACUUUCGGCGAAGGCAUCAUCAUCACGUCGCAGAGCGAGCUGCAGUACUACCUCUCUCUCCUCAACCAGCAACUUCCGAUCGAGAGUCAGUUUGUGAGCAAGCUCGCUGACAAUCUCAACGCCGAAAUUGUCCUCGGCAAUGUCCGCAAUCGUGAGGAAGGCGUGGAGUGGCUUGGCUACACCUACCUGUUCGUUCGGAUGCUUCGUUCUCCAGGCCUCUAUAGUGUCGGCGCUGAUUACGCGGACGACGAGGCUCUUGUACAAAAGCGGGUCGACCUCAUCCAUUCAGCUGCCACGGUUCUGGACAAGGCCGGGCUGGUCAAAUACGACAGGAAGACGGGAAAGCUGCAAUCUACCGAGCUUGGCCGACGAAAGCUGGAGCUGGCCAAGUUACUUGGCCGCGUCCCUAUCCCAGUCAAGGAGGGCAUCGAAGAACCCCAUGCGAAGAUCAAUGUCCUCCUGCAGGCAUUCAUAUCUCGGCUGAAACUGGAAGGUCUCGCCCUGAUGGCGGAUAUGGUCUACGUCACCCAAUCCGCCGGCCGCAUUCUCCGAGGAAUCUUCGAAAUCUGCUUGAAGAGAGGCUGGUCUGUUGCGAAGACAGCGCUGGAUCUUUGUAAGAUGGCGGAGAAGCGUAUGUGGCCGACGAUGACACCGCUUCGCCAGUUUCCUUCGUGUCCUCGGGAUAUUGUGCAAAAGGCGGAAAGAAUCGAUGUUCCUUGGUCCAGCUACUUUGACAUUGACCCCCGCGCAUGGGUGAACUCCUUGGCCCAGGUUCAGCCUAUGACCCGGUCCAUGCUUCGUGUCGAGCUGACCAUCACGCCCAACUUUGUGUGGGACGAGAACCUGCACGGUGUCGCCGAAACCUUCUGGAUCAUCGUGGAAGACUGCGACGGCGAGGAGAUCCUGUUCCACGACCAGUUCAUCCUGCGACAGGAAUAUGCGCAGGGCGAGAUGACCGAGCAUCUGGUCGAGUUCACUGUGCCCAUCACUGAGCCGAUGCCUCCUAAUUACUUCAUUUCUCUGGUGUCGGACCGCUGGAUGCAUGCUGAGACGAAGAUUGCAGUUUCUUUCCAGAAACUGAUCCUGCCGGAACGCUUCCCGCCCCAUACGCCGCUGCUUGACAUGCAGCGGGUUCCCGUUAAGGCGCUCAAACGCGAAGAGUUCCAGCAGCUGUAUCCAGACUGGGAGUAUUUCAACAAGGUGCAGACGCAGGUCUUCAAGUCGCUUUUCGACACGAAUGACAAUGUCUUUGUCGGCGCUCCAACCGGAAGUGGCAAGACCGUCUGUGCCGAGUUUGCUCUUCUGCGUCACUGGUCGCAGGAGAAUCGGGGUCGAGCCGUCUACAUCGCUCCGUUCCAAGAACUCCUCGAUCAGAGAUAUGCUGACUGGCAGAAGCGGCUCAGCAAUCUCGCGGGCGGCAAGACCAUUGUCAAACUGACCGGCGAGACGACAGCGGAUUUGAAGCUCCUCGACAGGGCGGACCUGGUCUUGGCCACCCCGGUGCAGUGGGAUGUGCUUUCUCGACAGUGGCAGAGACGGAAGAACGUACAGACUGUGCAGCUGUUCAUUGCUGAUGAGCUGCACAUGCUCGGAGGUCUCGGCGGAUUCGUCUAUGAGAUCGUCGUGUCGCGCAUGCACUACAUUGCUUUGCAGACCGAGAAUGACAUGCGCAUCGUCGGGCUGAGCGUUCCUCUUUCGAACGCCCGGGACAUAGGCGAGUGGAUUGGUGCCAACAAGCAUACCAUCUACAAUUUCAGCCCUCACGUGCGGCCGGUGCCUCUUGAGCUCCAUAUCCAAUCCUUCAAUAUUCCUCACUUCCCGUCUCUGAUGCUGGCCAUGGCCAAGCCCACUUAUCACUCGAUCUUGCAGCUCUCGCCCGACAAGCCUGCCUUGGUGUUCGUGCCCAACCGUAAACAGACCCGUUCCACGGCCAUAGACCUCCUGGGUGCCUGUGUUGCGGAUGACAAUGAGGAUCGGUUCUUGCACGCGGACGUUGAGGAGAUUAUGCCUCUGUUGGACCGAAUCCACGAGAGGACGCUGGCGGAGUCUAUCUCCCACGGCAUUGGCUACUAUCAUGAGGCCCUGAGCACCAACGACAAGCGUAUCGUGUCUCACUUGUUCAAGAUCGGCGCGAUCCAGGUCAUGUUGGCGUCCCGUGAUGUGUGCUGGGAGAUCGACUUGACCGCUCACCUGGUCAUCAUCAUGGGCACGCAAUUCUACGAGGGUCGUGAGCACCGCUACAUCGACUAUCCGAUCAGUGAGAUCCUGCAGAUGUUUGGCAGAGCGUCGCGACCUGGUCAGGACAAGAUUGGAAAGGGCGUGCUGAUGGUGCCUCAAGUGAAGCGUGAUUACUACAAGAAGUUCCUCAACGAAGCGCUUCCGAUCGAAAGUAACCUGCAGAUUUAUCUGCACGACGCCUUUGUCACCGAAAUCAGCACCAAGACCAUUGCCUCGACGCAGGAUGCUGUCGACUGGAUGACAUACACGUACUUCUACCGACGUCUCCUUGCCAACCCGAGCUUCUACGGUCUCAGCGAUGUCAGCCACGAGGGAUUGAGCACGUUCUUGUCAGAACUCGUCGAGAACACGCUUAAGGAGCUGUCAGAAGCCAAGAUCAUCGACCUCGACGAGGAAGACGACAGCGUUUCCCCGUUGAACGCGGCCAUGAUUGCGGCUUACUACAACAUCUCGUUUAUCACGAUGCAGACCUUCUUGCUGUCUUUGAGCUCUCGAACCAAGCUGAAGGGCAUCUUGGAGAUCGUCACGUCCGCGACAGAGUUCGAAAAUAUCCAGAUGCGGCGACACGAGGAACACAUCCUGCGUCGUGUGUACGACCGUGUCCCUGUCAAGAUGGCACAACCAGCCUACGACUCUCCGCACUUCAAGGCUUUUGUGCUGCUGCAGGCUCACUUCUCGCGGAUGCAGUUGCCAGUGGACCUGGCGAAAGACCAGGAGGUCAUUGUCAGCAAGGUGCUCAAUCUGCUCAGCGCGUGUGUGGAUGUGCUGUCGUCUGAAGGUCACCUCAAUGCGAUGAACGCGAUGGAGAUGUCUCAGAUGGUUGUCCAGGCCAUGUGGGACCGCGACAGCCCGCUGAAGCAGAUCCCUCAUUUCACGCCCGAGGUCAUCAAGGUGGCGAACGAAUUCGGUAUCAACGACAUCUUUGAGUUUAUGGAGGCAAUGGAUCCGUCGGAGAACAAGGACUACCAGACACUCGUCAAGCGCUUGGGCCUGGACAACAAGCAGCUGGCACAGGCGGCCGCGUUCACGAACGACAAGUACCCGAACAUCGAUCUGGACUUCCAGGUGGAAGAUCCGGAGAACAUCACGGCGGGCGAGCCUGCAUACCUGAAAAUUAAAGUGGAGCGGGAAGUUGAGGAAGACGAGGAGCCCGACACGACGGUGCACGCGCCGUUCUACCCAGGCAAGAAGAUGGAGAACUGGUGGCUGGUAGUCGGCGAGGAGAAGACGAAGAGCCUGUUGGCGAUCAAGCGGGUGACGAUAUCGCGGAAGCUGGAGAUGCGUCUGGAAUACGUGGUGCCGACACCGGGCGAGCACGAGCUGACGCUGUAUCUGAUGAGCGACAGCUAUGUGGGCGUUGACCAGGCGCCGACGUUUACCGUGACGGCGGCGGAAGGCAUGGAGGAGAGUGAGGAGGAGGAGUAA